GUAUCUUGGGAAGCGGCAUUUUCAAGGAUUGUGGAACGGGAUCGCGCUGCUGCUCGCGAUCGCUGGUCUACGAUCCUAGAGCGCUCCCUUCCGGCCAGCGCUUUGAUUCCAGGUCGCUAGCGCUGCGCUCGCAGUGGAGCAAAUCAAGAUCAAGCUUGCGAGUUCUACCGAUGGACGAGACGAGAAAAACCAGUGACGCGACGCUGGAUGGAUUCGUGAGUCUAGCACACGAGCUCGCGGACGCUGCCGCCAAGAUCAGUCUCAAGUACUUCCGGACGCGCAUCGAGGUCAUUGAUAAGCUUGAUCUCAGUUGAGUAUAUGUGCUUCUUUUUAUCGCUCGAAGCUUCUCCUUUCUGGUGAAUGCAGGCCCUGUGACUAUAGCCGAUCAAGCUGCCGAGGAAGCCAUGCGAGCUUUAAUUCUCCAACGUUUUCCCUCUCACGCAGUCUUUGGAGAGGAAAGUGGCUUGACCAUGCCUGAUUCGAUUGCGGAGUAUGCCUGGGUCCUAGAUCCGAUCGAUGGAACCAAGAGCUUCAUCACUGGUUGGUAUUCUUCUCGAUGCUCUUCUAAUCACUUCCUCCAUGCGUUUGCAGGGAAGCCAGUUUUUGGAACACUGAUAUCGUUACUCCACGACGGUGUUCCAAUACUUGGGAUUAUAGAUCAACCGGUCUUGAAAGAGCGGUGGCUUGGCGUAGCAGGACAAGUCACCUUACUCAACAAUCGAGAAAUCAGCACUCGUUCGUGUCAUUCGCUCUCCAGUGCCUACUUGUAUCACGCUUGGUACACCACGAGCCCGCACUUGUUUGACAAGCUCUCGGAGCAGGCUUUUGCUCGCAUCCGAGAAGAGGUGAAAGUUCCUCUGUAUGGAUGCGAUUGCUAUGCCUAUGGUCUUCUCGCGGCUGGACAUGUCGAUCUCGUGGUUGAAUCCGGACUCAAGCCAUACGAUUAUUUAGCAUUGGUACCAGUUGUGGAAGGCGCUGGAGGAGUCAUAACCGAUUGGCAAGGCAACAAACUAACGUGGAAGCCGGACUUUCACGAAGAGCUAAUCAAAACGAACGUGAUCGCUGCUGGCGAUUCGAGAGUACACAGAGCUGCUUUGGGCCGGCUCGAUUGCCAAGCGAGCUAGAGAUCACGAACGUGUUAGAAGUCACGAGAAACGAAAUAAGUUCCACAUUUAUGGGAGCUAAAGUUA